GCGGCUCCGGCGGGGUUCGGGCGGGCGCCCGCGCAGGGCCAGCGGCCUCUGAGGAGGGGGCGCGCGGAGCAGGAGCAAUGCCACCAAGAAGAAAUGGGAAAUACAAACUUCCUGUUCCACUUCCAGAAGGCAAAGUUCUGGAUGAUGUGGAAGGAAAACAAUGGGUACUAGGCAAGAUGAUUGGCUCUGGAGGAUUUGGAUUGAUAUAUUUAGCUUUUCCUGCAAAUAAACCAGACAGAGAUGCAAAACAUGUUAUAAAAGUGGAAUAUCAAGAAAAUGGCCCGUUAUUUUCAGAACUUAAAUUUUAUCAGAGAGCUGCAAAAAAAGACUGUAUCAAAAAGUGGAUAGAACGCAAAGGACUUGAUUAUUUAGGAAUUCCUCUGUUUUAUGGAUCUGGUCUGACAGAUUUCAAGGGGAAAAGUUACAGAUUUAUGGUAAUGGAAAGACUAGGAAUAGAUUUACAGAAGAUCUCAGAUCAGAAUGGUACUUUUAAAAAGUCAACUGUCCUGCACUUGGGUAUCAGAAUGCUGGAUGUACUGGAAUAUAUACAUGAAAAUGAAUAUGUUCAUGGUGAUAUAAAAGCAGCCAAUCUACUUUUGGGUUAUAAAAAUCCAGAUCGGGUUUAUCUUGCAGAUUAUGGACUUUCCUACAGAUAUUGUCCCAAUGGGAACCACAAACAGUACCAGGAAAAUCCUAGAAAAGGCCAUAAUGGGACAAUAGAGUUUACCAGCUUGGAUGCCCACAAGGGAGUAGCCCUGUCCAGAAGAAGUGACGUUGAAAUCCUCGGCUACUGCAUGCUGCGGUGGUCAUGUGGGAAACUUCCCUGGGAACAGAACCUAACGGACCCUGUGGCUGUCCAGACUGCUAAAACAAAUCUGUUGGAUGAGCUGCCUGGGUCAGUGCUGAAGUGGGCUCGGUCUGGAAGCAGUUGCUGUGAAAUAGCUGAAUUUUUAGCAUGUGUUCAUAGUUUAGCUUAUGAUGAAAAACCAAACUAUCAAACACUCAAGAAAAUUCUGAACCCUGGUGGAAUACCCUUAGGACCACUGGAGUUUUCCACCGAAGGACAGAGGGUACGUGUGUAUUCUCCUCCCAAUAAAAAAGUUGAUUCGCAAAAGACUGCGACAAAGCAAGUUAGUCAGAUGCAAGAUAAGUUAACACAAAAAGUUCACAGUGACAGAAGUGCUGAGUCCUUUGCAACAUGGAGAAGAGAGCAAAACCAGGACCGGCUGAGUGGAUCCAGGAACAGCGAAGCAGCUCAGGUUGAUUCGCAAAAGACUGCGACAAAGCAAGUUAGUCAGAUGCAAGAUAAGUUAACACAAAAAGUUCACAGUGACAGAAGUGCUGAGACCUUUGCAACAUGGAGAAGAGAGCAAAACCAGGACCGGCUGAGUGGAUCCAGGAACAGCGAAGCAGCUCAGACUGAACUUGGACAGGCUGGUAUGAACUGGAAAAGACCUUGAAGACAGGAAUAGUGCAACACUGGCCAACAGAGCCCUAUGUGAUGAUGGAGGUGUUCUGUUUGGGCUGUCCAAUACAGCAGCCUCCAGUCAUAUGUAACUAAUGGAGGACAUAAUACAUAGCUAGUAUGGACACUGAUAUUUUUUUAAUUUCAUUUUUUAAAUUUUAAAGUUAAGUAUAAAUGUCAAUAGUCCUUUGUGGCUACAGUAUACUGAACAACAGUCACAGUAUAGAGCAAAAUAAUUAGUUUAAAAAUUCUUGCAUUCCUCAGUGACCUUCUGGAACAGAGCUACCAACCCACUUUUCCUACUUUUAACCAUCUGCCUACAUCUGAGUUUUUAAGAAACAAAGUUCCAUUUUACUUGAACUACUGAGAAUUUGAGGUUCUCCUUGUGACUAGCAGGUGAGCCUAUAUCCUAACAAAUAAAGCAUAUUUAUAUCUAUUCAUGAUAGGAAAGAGUAUCCUGGUUUUGAUAGUGAAAGUAAGAAACAACCACGUGGGUGAUAAAGUCUCACAAACAACAUCAAAUCUGUUUUUCUAAGAAACUCCCAUUUCAAAUUGUUCUGCCUUACUCUUAAAUUGGGUGUCUCAACUUGAAUGACAGGGAAUAAUUUUUGUUCAUUUAAAUAAAAUAUAAGUACUUCAUUUAAAUAAUACAUUUAGGAAACUUUCAUCAAUGAAAAGCUUAAUUUUUUUUAAAGUUUAUGCAUAAUGCUAGAAAAAUACCCACAAAAAUCACAUUGAAAAUUUAUAUUGAGAAAGAGUUUAAGUAUUAUUUAGCUGGGCAUAUUGUAAAACUGACUAAGAAACUAUAAAUACAAAAUGUAAGGAAUAAAAUAUUUUACUUUUGGCACUCUACUUUGUAUUUAUCAUCUGCUCCAUUUCUUAUAAGUCUGUUUGCUGUAAAUAAAAGACACUAAAUUUGAGUUGACAUUUUUUUAAAUGUUUGCAAAGAAUGUUAAUACUUAAAAUUUCACGGAGAUUUUGUUGUUCCUGAGGGUGAUGUCCCUGUUAAUAGCUGAAUAUAUCAGUACAGAGAAGAAGAAAUGUACUUUCUUUUGAAAUACUGCAUUUAUUUUGACCAACAGCUCAAGUUAUAUAGUUUUUCUUUCUUUAACCAUCAAGGUGCGUUUAAGUAGUAGUAUCAUCAAAAGGCAGAUAGCCUCAAAGGGCAGUCUGAAGACCUCCAUAAUUUAAUAAAGCACCACAGAUUCCAUUUUUACCACCACUCUCAAUUUAAGCUUUAAUUAAUUUAUUUCUUGAUUACUCAAAAAACCUCCCUAAUGGGUGUGUUCACUUCAUGUCUCUUCUGCACAACAAUCAAUUCUGCCUUCUGUGUCUAGAUUUAGUCUUCUUAUAUACCUCUUACAAAUCAACCCCUUGCUCAAAAACACUCAUGGAGUCUAUCACUUGCAUAUAGAGAAUCAUUAGUCUAACCAUCAGUAUCCUCCAGUCUAGCCCUAAUAUAUAUUAAUUCCCUUGUGUGAGCAACUCCUCUACUCAAGAUCCCAAAAUUAAAUGCACAUUUUCACUAUAACCUUGCCUCCAGCAUUCCCUCCUUCGUAAGGCUCUCUCAAAUCCUUUCAAGGUUACCCCAAUACUCAACUCCUCUAAGAACUUUUCCAAAUUAUUUGUAGACCCAAAGUGCUUCAUCUUUCUUUAAACUCUUACUGCUGCUCUUUUUCAUUUAAGUUUUAGCUUGCCAAUCAAUUAAGUUUUUUUCAUAAGGAACAUGAAAGCUUUUGGACUUUUUAGUUGUCGAUGGACCUUUAUUUUAUUCAUUUAUUUAUAUGUGGCACUGAGAAUUGAACACAGUGACUCGCACAU